AACCAAUAGCGUGCGACAUCCUGCCGACGAGAGAGAGAAAAAACGUAAUGUUGAAAACCCAACCGUGAAGCGAAGCAAAGCGGAGGCUAGAACCACACCGGCACCGGGAGCCAGCAGCGUCUGUCUACAACAAAAGCCUCCGCAGAGAGAAACUGAAUGAGAGAGAGAGAGCAAGAGAUCAGCCUCACAGACACAGACGUUAUCAAAGCCAGAGAAAGAAGCGCAGAUGGACACCAGGAACACCACUGAAGAGAAACCUGUCCAGCGAUCUAAGUCUUUCAGCUUUAAGACCCAAAAGGAAGUGUGUUCAUCAUGUGAGAAGACGGUCUACCCAAUGGAGAGAUUGGUUGCCAACAACUUGGUCUUCCAUUCAACCUGCUUCUGCUGCAAGCACUGCAACGCCAAACUGAGCCUUGGCACCUUUGCAGCUCUUCAAGGUGAAUUUUACUGUAAACCCCACUUUCAGCAGCUGUUCAAAGCAAAAGGCAACUACGACGAGGGCUUCGGACGCAAACAGCACAAAGAGCUCUGGACCUCCAAGGAGUCAGAUAAUAUAACAAAGACGGCAUAAUCAUAAUCUGCCUGUGUCCCAUCCCAGCCAUGCCUCUUUCUCUUCCUCCUCCUAACACCUCCGAUACAUCACGAUGAACACAUGCCUCAUAUGCUGGGGCACUGUUAAAUCACCCACGCGCUCACUCGCUUUCUAAAUGCCAUCAGAACAGAAACAUGCACAAACAGCUAGGAAAUGACUGGCCAGUCAUAAUCCAUACCACUUAAAAAAAAAAAAAUUGUGGAUAUUUUGGAUUCAAUUUAAUUGAUAUCUUUAAUGUCUUCAUUUUAUUUUCCAAUUUCCUGUUUGGAAUUAGUAGUUGAUUGUGACCAAAAACCUUCUCUGGUAUGGGGAGUAUAAUAAUCACUUUUUAUUUUUUAUUCUUUUAAAUAAUUUGCACCCUUUUUUUUAAUUUUAUUUUUGAAUAAGUCAACUGUAUGCUCAGGCAAACAUAUCAGAGGGGUUACAGAGCAUCUAUGUUUUGCAGUAGAGCAUACACUCAGGUCAAUUUUCACCCAAGUUUCACUCAUUUUAACAACACAAAUCAAAAUAAUAGUCCUCAGUAUUGUGACUUUGCUGUCCGACAGUUAUGUCAGUUUGUUAGGUUUCAUAUAUUUGAGGAACAAACAGGGUACAGAGUACUGUAAAAUAACCGCGCACAUCAGCAACAGCUCACCUCUCGUGUUUUUAAUUUUUACGUUUCAAUAUUGUUCGCCUCAUCCCACGGUUUGUUCUUAUUUUAUUGACCACUGUAAGUCUUAUCCUUGCAUGUUGGGAUGACUGGGUCUUAAUAGCCUUAUCUUAUGACUGUAUUGAUCUUUUUGUGUUGUGAAUGAUUUUAUUUCAUUGAUGCAAAUCACUUUUUAAAGGUUUUUAGAAGCACUUGAGUUUGGAUUUGAUUGAUGUCACGGCAUACGUUGAUCCUCUCUGAGCUUUUAUCGAUGGUUGAAAUUUUAAUGGGAUUCUCAGAUUGUGUUUUGUAAACUAUCUGUACGUAGCGCUGUAGUUUGUGAUUUAGUGAACAUUCCCCACCUUGCUGUACUCUCGUCUUGCACAUACGACCACACAUGAUCACCAGACAAGAUAAUCACAGGGAAACUUGAGGCCUCAUUCGUAAAAAAAACAUCCCUCGCUCUGUCAGAUGAAGCAUCCUAAGAAGAGCUGUAAACAUUUGGUUGAAUUGACAAUUACAAAUGAGGAUGUGGAUGGACGGAGCUUAAGCCUUGCAGGAAACCACACAAUUUUUGUUCCUUCGUCAUUUCCCGCUUUGUCAGUUGUUGGCGUCUUGUGGUGAUUUUUCCCCUGCUGUAUUUGAGUGUGUUCAUAUAGCUGGACAGUUUUUAUGGGGGACGUAGACAGAUCCAAUCCAAUCACAGUGUCUUGAACAUCCAUUUGUUUUGUUUCCCAACCAGAAAGCGUGGACAGGUUUCCUUUUUAAAUAAAUGCCUUCCUGUUCUCAUCUCCUGUCUUAUUAGCUAAAUACAUCUUAGCACCUGGACCUAUUUCUUAGUAUUGAAUUAACAGUAGGUGGCUGAGUGAGGGUUUGUCCCCUGAUGUGCUCCUGCAUGCUGCAUGCAAAACCCAUUGCAGAGCACCCCCUGCUGGGGAACGUGUGACACUAGCGUCUAGUGUGAGAGGAAGAAAAACAAGUCGCCCCUGAACUCAACAUAGCCUUUAUUCAAAGUUUUUGAAUACCUUGCCUCGGUCUGCAGUGCAGCUGCUGCACUCCAGACACUUUUUAUUUUAUUUAAUUCCAACACCUAAGAGAAAUGAACCCAGUUAGGCAAGAUUUCCACAUCUAUUUUUCAUUCUAUAAAAAGAAUGAGUUUAAAGCCAUUCAAAUAUCUCAUUUUAGAACACGUCUGAAUACCACUGAGACUUGACUGACACUUGAAUGACACAAAGUACUUUUGUGACUGAAGGUUUACUGUGAAUUUGAGCAUGCUGUGCAGAAUAGAAAGCUAAACUGAAAACAGAUGGAUAUCUGCUACUUUUUUAAAAAGAGAAGCCUUAGAAAUAAAUAGCUGACCUGAUUGCUUUUUUUUUUUUUCAAACAAGUCUUUUUGAGUGCACAGAUCUUAACAAAGAAAUCUCCUGAUCAUGCCUUUUCAAAAACACCCGCUUAGUUUAGAGCCCCACUCUUUAACAUAGGAUUUCUUCACUCAACCAGCAGCCAUUUUUUUCCUAUCUAACCACUUUUUAUCCACUUAAAAUGUACAAUAAUUCCGUGUGUGACAAUGUAUAUUUUAUAUUUUCCUUUUUUUCAUUUUAAAAUGGUCCUCUGGAUCCCUGAGAAUGCUUUAAAAUCAAAGUAUUGUAUCUAGAAAUGCUGUCUUUGUCAUUCUCCGUUAGCAGUUCGCCAAGGUACAACUGCAGAAUCUGUGAAUUGCAACUGCUAAGUGUAACAGAGCAGACCAGGUACACUUAACACUGGUGCCAAGAGGCUCAGGUGAAUGAUUGCAGCGUAACAUCGUAAAUGUUAAACCUGUGAGUCACUUCAUUUUUGUGCUUAUCUUGAUGUGGACUUACUUUUCAAUGCUGUUGUCAUCGAGACAUUUUAAAUGUAUGCAUCUUUGAAAAUGUAUUCUGUAUUACAGACUUGACCUGUGGAUUGAGGUGGCCUUACAGCAAAAGGACGCCUGGACUGUGUUUUCAGUCGUUCUCCUCUAUUCUCCCUUCUCUCUCUAUUGCUUAGUUGUGGUAUAGAAGUGUAACAUUUCAAAACGUAAGCGCCCCCCUUUCUACGCCAAUAUACACAAUCAUUUUGUGCAUUUUCUUUCUUUUCUUUUUUUGUUUUUUACAUGCUUUUGGAGAAAAAAUAAAAUGCUGGUGUUGAUUUAA